AAUGGACAGAGUUCUAGGACUUGCGGUUCUGUGGAGUAUUUUAUGCGAUGGAUGUGUUUGGGGGAAAUACGUCAAGGGUGUCGUGAACACCAAAGAGGAUUGGGUGUUUCUGACACGGUUUUGUUUCCUCACGGAUUUCGGCAGACUGGACUUCAGAUUUCGUUACCCCAAGUCACGCUGCUGUCAGAACAUAUUGCUCUACUUUGAUGAAAGCUCACAGUGGCCAGCUGUAUACAAGAGGCCAGACAAGGAUUGCUAUCAGAAAGAGGCAGUACUGAGGCCCGAAAACAACCAAGUCAUUAACCUUACCACCCGCUACACCUGGUCCGGAUGUGUGGUUGAAGAAGAGGAUGGUGAAGAGUUUCUCAGCUGUGUCGGAGGGCGUAGCUUUCGUUCGGUCAGAGAGAGGUGGUGGUACAUUGUGCUCAGCAAGUGCGGGGGUGGAGGGUUACAGCUGGAGUAUGAGAUGAAGCUGACCAAUGGGCAGUCUUUCUGGAAACAACAUUUCUCUGCAGACGAGUUUGGAAUUUUGGAAACGGACAUCACCUUCUUGGUUAUAUUUGCCAGUGUGUUUUCUCUCUCCUGCUACUUUGCAUAUAACCUGAAAGGAAGGCAGCUGCUUCAUACCACAUAUAAGAUGUUUAUGACUGCAGCGGGAGUAGAGGUUCUCAGUUUGCUCUUCUUUUGUAUAUAUUGGGGCCUGUAUGCCAGAGAUGGAGUGGGAAAUGGGUGUCUAAAGAUACUCGGAAAAUUGCUCUUCUCUGUUAGUUUCCUGAUCUUCCUCCUGAUGCUGAUUCUCUUAGGGAAAGGUUUCACUGUCACAAGAGCAAGAAUAAGUCACAGUGGCUCUGUCAAGCUGUCUAUCUACAUGACCAUCUAUACAAUUACCUACAUCAUUCUCUUCAUAUAUGAAGCUGAGUUUUUUGACCCAGGGGAAGUACUGUAUGCUUAUGACAGUCCUGCUGGAUACGGACUGAUGAGCCUCCAGCUGCUGGCAUACGUGUGGUUCUGCUAUGCUGUCCUGGUGUCUCUUAAGCAUUAUCCAGAGAAACAGCCGUUCUAUAUCCCUUUCUUUGCCGCAUACACUUUAUGGUUUUUUGCUGUACCCGUCAUGGCUCUUAUUGCCAACUUUGGUAUAUCUCGAUGGGCUCGGGAGAAGAUCGUCAAUGGAAUUCAGCUUGGCAUCCAUCUCUAUGCUCACACUGUCUUUUUAGUCAUCACGCGUCCAUCAGCAGCUAAUAAGAAUUUCCCUUAUCAUGUUCGAACAUCUCAAAUUGGUAUACUGCUGUCGAGUCCUAAAGAGGGGGCAGAAAGCUUCCCUCAUCAUGCCUACGGGAACAGCUCCUUCCUGGGGGACUCUCAGCCCAACUUCACUGAACUCUUCUCCAUCCAGUCAGUUUCUGUGAAAAAUAUAAAUGAGGCCAUGGGAUGGAAGGGACAAGAAAUGUCUCUGAACACUGAGCAGAAAAUCGUCACCACGUCAUCACCGGGCGAUUUUUCAACAACGUUUAGUCCUGCCGUGCCGCCAAUCAACUCUGCUCUAUCACCUCCUCCAAGGCUCUCAUCUCAUUUUACUGAAUAUUUCAGCAUGCAGAGCAGAACAGUCUCUCAAACAUAGUGAAGUAGAUCAUCCAAGUCAGCUUUUCAAGAUACAAAAGUGUCAACGUGAUUUAUAGGGGGGGCGGAAAAAACUAAGUGUAAACAGAAUAUUGCAUUUGACUUUGGGCAAAGUGGAUGUGCGAGAUGAUUUGCAAGUGUCAUAUUGAAAGGAGAUUUGAAGUGCUAAAUAAAAAGCAAUAAAUAUUUCAGCCAGAUCAAGGUGGCUCAUGAUGAGGGGACAUUUUGGUUGUAUAUAGCACAGAAUAUUAUGAAUGUAAGAUAUUCAGUAUGCAGAGUUUUCAGAUAAAGAUAUUUUAUGUGUAACUGUAUAGAAGUGCAAGUUUUUUUUUUAAGUGUAAAAAGGUCUUUUUUUUGUUUACAGACAUACAUGUAUUUUUCAAGUGGUGCUGUUAAUAUUUGCAUUUCCAUGCCAUUUAUUUGAACUGGAAUUGAGUGUAUUUAACACUUGGUUGGAUAAUCUCUGGUUUCAGUUUUGUUUGUUUUACAUUAUGGACACGAAAUCGACUUUAUGAGAUUAACAUAGGUAAUAGGAUCUGCAUACAAAGAGGAAGACAUACGUUCUUUUUCUGCCCAGAUAUCUUCUAGUUCGAUACAGUGCAAUAAUGCUUUUAGUAUUUUUAAUGCAUGUUGCUUAUAAACUACAGGAAAUUCUAAAGGCGUUUGUAGUUUUGCUCUUUGAUGCACCAAGAGUAAGUUGCCUUGUAAAUCCACAUAUGAUCAGCUCUCGUUUAAAUGCUUAGGAAAGAAACGUCGUAAUAGGAAUAAUAAUAAUAAUAAUAACUAUUUAGGCACAUAAUUAUGAAGGCAGUAUUAAUUCAGAAUUUUAAUAGGAUACAAUACAUUUGUGGAUUUUUUUUUUUUUUGCCAUUUAAUUUGUUUGCCUUCUGUAAUGAAUCUACUUACUGCAUGUCAGACAAUUCAACACACGGUUACUGGUGAGGAUUCCGGCGUAGUGAAGAAACCCUCCUUUAACUGAGA